GAUAUGCUGGAGGACUGGGCGGUCGUAAAUCCUGUACUCCUGGAGAACUACCUGGAGGAAAUAAAUCGCUUUGGCAAAGCGAUUCCAUCUGCUCCGCUAAGUGACGAGGUGACCCUCGAAGUUGAUCCUGAGGCCAAGGCCUAG